AUCCACAACCUGAAGCCGCGAGCCACAUAGGGACUUGGAGUCCCUUUUCCUCUCCUUUCGAGUACGUAACCUGGAAGCCUCGGCUGGCCAUUGCGUCAGGAGUGGCGCCGGCGCAGAGCGAGAAAGAGGCGUGACCGCCGUGAAACCAAAGCGAUCCGCUGAGCGGAGAGACAAAGUUCAGCAGAAGGGUUGGUGCUUCCGGGCAGGUAAUGGCGCCCCCUGAGGCCUAGAGGACCACCGCCUGCGGCGAGCCACUGACAGUCUUCCUUCUGCUGUGUCCGACGCGAGUUCCGAUUACAGUGAAAAUGUUGGUGCCGCUAGCCAAGCUGUCCUGCCCGGCUUAUCAGUGCUUUCAUGCCUUAAAAAUUAAGAAAAAUUAUCUACCUCUAUGUGCCAGAAGAUGGGCUUCAACCUCUGUUGUACCUCGAAUUACUACCCACUAUACCAUUUAUCCCCGGGAUAAGGACAAACGAUGGGAAGGAGUGAGUAUGGAGAGGUUUGCGGAAGAAGCAGAUGUAGUAAUAGUUGGCGCAGGCCCUGCAGGGCUCUCUGCUGCUAUCCGGCUAAAGCAAUUGGCUGCUAAACAUGAGAAGGACAUCCGUGUGUGUCUGGUGGAGAAAGCUGCGCAGAUAGGAGCUCACACUCUCUCAGGGGCUUGCCUUGAUCCACGUGCUUUUGAAGAACUGUUCCCAGACUGGAAGGAGAAAGGAGCUCCACUUAACACUCCAGUAACCGAAGAUCGGUUUGGAAUUUUAACAGAGAAAUAUAGAAUUCCUGUGCCAAUUCUUCCGGGUCUUCCAAUGAAUAAUCAUGGCAAUUACAUUGUACGCUUGGGACAUUUAGUGAGCUGGAUGGGAGAGCAGGCAGAAGCCCUUGGUGUUGAAGUAUACCCUGGUUAUGCUGCUGCUGAGAUUCUUUUUCAUGAGGAUGGUAGUGUAAAAGGAAUUGCCACUAACGAUGUAGGGAUACAAAAGGAUGGUGCGCCAAAGACAACAUUUGAGAGAGGACUAGAACUACAUGCCAAAGUUACAAUCUUUGCAGAGGGUUGCCACGGACAUCUAGCUAAGCAACUGUAUAAGAAGUUUGAUUUGAGAGCCAGUUGUGAUCCCCAAACCUACGGAAUUGGACUGAAGGAGCUAUGGAUUAUUGAUGAAAAGAAGUGGAAACCUGGGAGAGUUGAUCACACUGUUGGCUGGCCCUUGGACAAACACACCUAUGGAGGCUCUUUCCUCUAUCAUUUAAAUGAAGGGGAACCCCUAGUAGCACUUGGUUUUGUGGUUGGUCUGGACUAUCAAAAUCCAUUCCUGAGUCCAUUUAGAGAGUUCCAGAGGUGGAAACACCAUCCCAGCAUUCAGCCAACGUUAGAAGGUGGAAAAAGGAUUGCAUAUGGAGCCAGGGCUCUCAACGAAGGUGGCUUUCAGUCUAUACCAAAACUCACCUUUCCUGGUGGUUUACUAAUUGGUUGUAGCCCUGGUUUUAUGAAUGUUCCCAAGAUCAAAGGUACCCACACAGCCAUGAAAAGUGGAGUUUUGGCAGCAGAAUCUAUUUUUAAUCAAGUAACUAAUGACAAUCUCCAAUCAAAGACAAUAGGACUCCAUGUAGCUGAGUAUGAAGACAGUUUGAAGAAAUCAUGGGUGUGGAAAGAGCUAUAUAGUGUUCGAAAUAUAAGACCCUCCUGCCAUGGAAUCCUGGGUUUAUAUGGAGGGAUGAUUUACACUGGAAUCUUUUACUGGAUAUUUAGAGGGAUGGAGCCAUGGACUCUAAAACAUAAAGGUACUGACUCUGAUCAGCUCAAGCCAGCCAAGGAUUGCACACCUAUUGAAUACCCAAAACCUGAUGGACAGAUUAGUUUUGACCUUUUGUCAUCUGUGGCUCUGAGUGGUACCAAUCAUGAACACGACCAGCCAGCACAUUUAACCUUAAAGGAUGACAGUAUACCUGUAAAUAGAAAUUUGGCAAUAUACGAUGGACCUGAGCAGCGAUUCUGCCCUGCAGGAGUUUAUGAAUUUGUACCUUUGGAACAAGGUGAUGGAUUUCGGUUACAGAUAAAUGCUCAGAACUGUGUGCAUUGUAAAACAUGUGAUAUUAAAGAUCCAAGUCAGAAUAUUAACUGGGUGGUACCCGAAGGUGGUGGAGGACCUGCUUAUAAUGGAAUGUAAACUGCAGCUGAUUUCAUUUGCAGGCAAGUCUGAUAAUCACUUUCUCUAAAAUGUAUGGUAAGCUAACUUUAAAAUGGUGAGAAAUUAACAAGUGUCAAAAUUUUGUACAGUGUAUUAUUGAUCACAAUGUUCAUAAAAUCAGGGAAACAAAUUUUAUAGUACAUCUAAAAUUGUCCCAUAAAAACUUAUCAAUAUUUAUCUUAAAUAAAACUUUGUAAGUGAUGUGGCACCUACAUAUCUCUUCAGUUCUUUAAUGAUUCAGUACCAACGGCAGAAUAAACUAUUGGCCUUUAAUGUACAUUUGACUCAUCAAAUGAAACAUUUUAAGUAUAAAAAUAAAUGUAUAUUGUAGGCCAUAGGCUGGCAUCCAGUCCACCACUUUUUUUCAUUUUACUGGAACAUACAGCCAUGGCAUGCCCACUGGUUUACACUGAGCUGUUGUUAUAGAAUACAGUGGUCCCAAAAAUUUACUAAUCUGGCCCUUUAGAGAAAGUUUGCUGACCCCCGAACAUACAUUAUCUGUAUUACCUGUAAGUAUAAAAUACCAGGACAAAUCAACCACAGUAUAGAGCUACAUCAGAGAAUUGAGGGAAAUCAUAUUAAAAAGUGAAGCUUUUGUCUGUUUAUUCAACAAGAUGUAUCUUUAAUUUAAAAAUAGGUUGAACACCAUUGUUAUUUGUGAAUAAUGUAGAUGGCCAUGAAAAAAAAAUUAACUUCACUGUA